UACGACGCCGUGUCGAGUGAAGAAUCUGCUCCUCUCUUGCCCUAAAGCGAGUUAGGGUUUAACACACAAGUAGCACCCUUUUGAUUUGUGUCUCUUUGCUCUGUUUUUGUCGGUUUGUGUAACCGAUCAACUCAAGCUAUUGGCUCCUCACUCCCUGAAAUUUGACUUCUCCACUGGAUCUCACCUCCUAUAUGAAGAAAUCUUCACUCUCACAAUAUCAUUAUAUAUGAGCCACAAGAACAAGAACCAGUAGAUGCGGCGGUGAUGGACGGUGGCUACGAUCAAUCCGGAGGAGCUUCUAGAUACUUCCACAACCUCUUUAGGCCUGAGCUUCACCACCAGCUUCAACCACAGCCUCAGCCUCAGCCUCAGCCUCAGCCUCAUCCUCAUCUUCAACUCCAGCCUCAGCCUCAGUCAGAUGAUGAAUCCGACUCCAACAAGGAUCCGGGUCGACCCGAUUCCGACCCGGUUACCUCUGGCUCAACUCCCGGGAAGCGUCCACGUGGACGUCCUCCGGGAUCUAAAAACAAACCGAAGCCACCGGUGAUUGUGACAAGAGAUAGCCCCAACGUGCUUAGAUCUCACGUUCUUGAAGUCUCAUCUGGAGCCGACAUAGUCGAGAGCGUCAACACUUACGCUCGCAGGAGGGGAAGAGGUGUCUCCGUUCUCAGUGGUAACGGCACGGUGGCUAACGUCGUUCUUCGCCAGCCGGUGACGACUCAUGGGAAUAAUGGUGGAAUUGGAGCCGGAGCCGGAGCUGGAGCCGGAGGGGUUGUGACUUUACAUGGAAGGUUUGACAUUCUUUCCCUCACUGGUACGGUGCUUCCGCCGCCCGCGCCGCCGGGAUCCGGUGGUCUGUCAGUCUUUCUUGCUGGUGGCCAAGGUCAGGUGAUCGGAGGAAACGUGAUGGCUCCGCUUGUGGCUUCGGGUCCAGUGAUACUAAUGGCUGCAUCGUUCUCUAACGCAACUUUUGAAAGGCUUCCGCUUGAAGAUGAAGGAGGAGAAGGCGCAGGAGAAGUCGGAGGAGGAGUAGGAGGAGGUCCCCCGCCGGACACGUCAGCAUCACCACCGUCAGGAACCGGUCAGGGAGAGUUAAGAGGUAAUAUGAGUGGUUAUGACCAGUUUUCCGGUGAUCCUCAUUUGCUUGGUUGGGGAGCCGGAGCCGCUACAAGACCACCGUUUUAGAAUCGAAAACUAUGUUUGUAAAAUAGCUAUAACUAAAAAUUUUAAUUUUUGAAAAUAAAAAAUCAUUUUGUGA